AACAGGUUUUACCUGCGUGGCGUGGCAGUCAGCGUUUUAUGCCUAGCUCCGGCUAACGUUUCUCUCAAGACGUCGCUGGUGUUCCUCUUUUCCUGUUUCUUUCGUUCACUUUCUGUUGCUCGCAGUCGACAGUUUGCGUGUUCGCGCAAGUACAAGUGGUUCCUGGAGUCAACAUGGCGGCAUGUCUAACGGCAUUACUUCUGAUUUGCGCGGCAUUCGGGCGUCCGGCACCAGCAUCGUCGGCCUACAUGGGCAAAGACCUUAGAAAUCUUCAUACAUUCGACCACGAGGUGGCGGGACACGUGUACGCCCUUGACGCGACCACACUGCUCGUCACCGGAUUCAAGUAUGACGGAAGCGCACCAGAUGCGUAUUUCUGGGUGGGCAGCACGACUUCGCCCAGUUCUAACGGUAUCAUUGUUCCGGACGAGGCGGGCAGGUUGACUUCGGUAACGUCGUGUUCGGUACGAUUGCGGGCCCUGCACCGCGUGACAUAGGUGCAAUGAAGCCAGGCGACCACGGUACGCAGGCGAGCGCCAUCACCCUGCUCAACGAGAAGACACUCCACUUAACUAACCUGAUGUACGACGGAACCUCCGCCGAUGCGUUUUUCGUCGUUCGAAAAAGCGACGGCACCGACAUGAAAGUACGCGACGAAAAUAACAGCCUCACGAAGUUGCACGCCUACACGGGGCAGAAUGUCACCCUGACACUACCGGAGUCAGUGAGUUUCUUCGACGUUGAUUACUUCAAGAUCGGCUGCGUAGCCUGCUCCGAGGCUCACGGUAUGGUGGCAAUCCCCGCCUCUGUCAAAGUACCGGGAACUCUUCCUUCAUCCAUGGCGAACAAUGCGGCUCCAAUGAAAAAUUGUGAAACGCUUCUAGAUGGCAUAUUCAACGUGGAGUGGAAGAUAAAUGGCAAUGUGAUCAGAUUUACCUUGACCGGGCAAGCGGAACCGGGUACGUAUUUGUCAUUCGGACUCAGCGGGUCUAUGACAGCAACGUCUAUGAUAAGCUCUGACGCCAUAGUGGCGUGGAUCGACAAGACAACGGCGCAGCCACGUGCUAUGGACUAUAAUCUAGGGGCCUACUCCCAGUGUGCUAACAUGCGCGGCGUGUGUCCGGAUCCGGAACUCGGCGGUGCCAACGAUGUCAUGGAUAUCGUCGGAAGCUUCAAAGAUGGCGCCACCACGAUAUCUUUCUCCCGAAGACUGAACACCGACAAUGAGUUGGACAAGGCGUACCUGACGAGCGCGUACGAUGCAGUACGUCGUCUGGGCGAUCGGUCCCAUUAAUGCAGACGGCAUUGCCUCCAAACACUCACGCGGACCUCAGUGAAUCUUAGCUUCAACUUCGGUCGCACUCCGCUGGCGAAUUGUUCAACGCGUGAUAAUGACGAGCACCGUGAGGCUG